GAUCCGUUGCAGUGCAACAUAUGACCGUGAUGGAGGGUGAGACACUAACCAUGAAGUGUCGCAUUAGAAAUGCCCAAAAGAGCCACGUGGAAUGGAAGAAUCCUGAUGGGCAUGUGAUGUUUUUUAAUGACCAGAAGGGUGAGGAUCUUAUAAUACCACCUAUAGAUAUUUAUUAUGAUAUAUUUGAUAUACUGAAACAAAGCAGUAUUUUCAUUUGAAAGAGUGGAAGCCCACUAAAUGAGCCAUACAGGACUUGAUUGUAUUAAUGUUGACAGCUGUAUCAAAUCAAAAUAAAAUUGUAUUUGUCACAUGCGCCAAAUACAACGGGUGUAGACUUUACCAUGAAAUGCUUGCUUGUAUAGCUCGCUUGUAUGGCUAGAAUGAUAAUAGUUGUACAUGAUACAAGUAAAAAUGUUUGUUCCUACUCAUAUUGUAACAUCUUUGUUAUGAACUAAAGUAGUUGAGUCAUCUUGUGACAUGCCUUCUCUCAUCUUCACUAACAGCCCUGAAGGACAAGCGCUACAAGAUAAUAAACUUGUCUGAGUCUGAUUUUUCAGUCAGUGUGUCUGAUGUCACCUUCAAAGAUGGAGGCCUCUACACAUGUUUACAGUACAGUCACAAAGUGCCUGUAGUGAAGUGGGUUAAUGUGACAGUUUUGGGUAAGUAUAACAUAUUGUAAUAGCACCGUUUUAUAGGGAUUAAGAAAGCACACAGCCUUCCCUUUUACUUAGUAGAAUAUUCAUAUUGGCACAGGAGGUAGAGUGCUUGCCUUGUUCCCACUUCAAACUAAUUCAGUUGAAAUCAAAAAUCAUAACAUCACUCUUUUUGUGAUUCUCAAGGUAAGCCAAAAUUGGAGAUAACAGAACACAAUGGAAAGACUGCCAUCAAAUGUUCUGCAGUGGGAAAUGGCCAUCCUCCCAAAAUCUCAUGGCUGUUGGAGAGUGGGUUAGAAAUGUAUGGUAAGUGUCCUUCAUUCUAGAUUUAUUUCUUAGAUUUCAUGACGUCAAAAUGGCAAAGGAUUAUGUUACGAAACCACCUAGCUAGCCUACUGAUUUUGAUACACUCGCUAAUUCUAGGGCCCUAGGCCUAGCUAAAGGGUCUGUAGGUCUGUAACCUGAUUUGAUGUGUGCAAUAAUGUGAAAAGGUGUUGAAUGCAUGUGCUCCAGGAGACGGCAAACUUACCAGCUCUGUCUUGACUCCUUGGUCGGCCAGCCCAAGUGAUUUAUGUUUUUUUAUUUAUUGUGCAUGACCAACAAAUAAUAGUGUAUAUACAAAAAGGAUAACAAAAUAUGGCAUGAUAAAAACUAAAGAUUCAAACCAAACCAAAGGUGCACAUGGCCACCAAACUCCAGCAGCCUCAUGGCUCUGCCAGCUGCCACACCUUCUUCUUCGGUGGAGUUUAACGGCGGUUGGCAUCCAAUAUGUUGCAUUACCGCCCCCAACUGAACUACAGUAUAAAUCCAUUACUAAGUGGGAAAAAUAAAAUACAAAUAUAUUUUUAAUUACCCUACCAACUAACCCUACACACCUCCUCAGCAUAAGACAUAUUUUGCACUACUCUGACCCUGGCCACCUCAACCUGCCUCUCUCACACCGGACACCUCCGAUCCCCAGCAACAUGAGCACCCCUACAGUUGACAACAACUUUUUCCACCGAAACUACACAUUCCUCUGUCCCAUGUGCUCCUGCCCACAUCUUGGAAUCUCCCUCCUACACACUGCUGCGACACGCCCAUAAACGUGACACCAAAAACACUGCAGUGUAUUCGUCACAAAAGCUCUAACAGCAUAACUCAUAUCCUAACAUUACUUUGUCAGUUAAAGACACUGAAUCAAAGCUCAAAAGAACAGACUGUGUCACUUCUGUUUCGCCACACCCCCCACCGGUUCUGCGUCGCAUUAAACAGCGGGCAUCACAAACACCAGGAAUCUUCAACUUAAAUUGCUCCACCUCCACACUUAACGCUACCUCAGAAAUCACUCCCUUCAAUGGUGCCCUGUACCUAAGCGCAAAGCAAGAUACAGGUAUUUCCCAAAGUUGUGUCGCACGGAGCGCCUGCUCCCUCUGAUCUGAAGAAACACAAGCAAGCGUCCACUUCGGGUUACCUUAACCUACUUGACAGCACACACCAUCUUUUCCACCCAACCUGAAACCACCCAUGGAUCAGCCAAAAGGCCUGGUUCCACCCUCUUCAAAAAUCUCUCUCCCACUGGACAAACUUAUCUUUAUCAUAACCAUGUCCAUCAAUGCAAGGCUCGGCCUCCGAGUUCCUUACAACACCUUCUACCCCUUUCAUUUUACCUCCAGAACUCGAAACUGGCAUCCGGCUCACUCUGUUUGAACUUGACACCAAUCUUCCUCGACAUACCCUCUCCCUUGUUAUUGCUAGCUUCAACAGAUUCAAACCCAUCCUCUGCCUCCCUCAGUCUUUUCAGCCUCCUCCUCUUUUUCUCUCCAAUCCUCCUCCCUUAACCAAUUACCCAACUCCUGAAAAUAAUAAACUUUUCCUAAAUCUCUUUUUAGCUUACUUGAGACCUGCUAAGCCCUGUACUCCCUCCACUUUAAACUCGAGCUAUCGCCAGUUCAUAAACAAUCUAUGCAGCUAUCAGAUUGUUUAGAAUCAGUUGCCACACCUGUGCACAAUCAACACUUAACUAGACUUCCUGGCAGAGCACAGCCCCUGACACGGUUGCUACUGCCACCUGGGGAUGGAGUGUGGAAGGGGUAGUGUAGUGUCUAAUUGAGCUCUUAAGAACUAAACUACCUAACCUAUUCCAUAACAAUUAGGAAAAGUUUAGAGUCAAACUAAAUUGUGUUGUCCCAUAUUAGUAUUGUAGCGAUCCUUGCUAUAUGAGCCACGUUUCCCUGCCCUGCCGUUCACUACAUUGGUGUCAGAAGUGCAAUGUGGGCUGUGAGGCUAUCGGAACGCACGGCCGGACGUGUGAAAGGUUAGCGGUAGGUUGAAGCACAGAGAUGUGCCUUUCCGUUCGGAGGGGGCAGUGUAGCAAUCCUUGCUAUAUGAGCCACAUUACAAUUUUCCACCAAGUGGAUUAACCCUGUUGGCACGAUGUGUAGGGUGUCUGCCUUUCACGCAAGCGACCCGAGUUCGCUUCCCUGCCCUGUCGUUCACUAUAGUAUUUGACAAAUAAUAACAACCAUUGUCGUGGCUUGUGGGAAAUAUAAACAUAAGACAAGUCAAAAUAGAAUAGGAAAAGACUUGGAGUAGUAGGAGACUGAGAAUUUUGUGAUGAGAUAUAAAAAAGGGAAAGGCCUUAAAACGGUUUAGACAUCCCCUGCGAAACAAAAUCCCACACACAUUCCACUUCAUCUCAUCCAAAAUAAAGGGAAUUUAUAUUUCUGUAUGUUCCCUGUAAAGUGCAGUGCAGGUCAGCUAUUAUAAGAAGAAGGAUGAUGGUUGUUUGUUGACGUUUUGUUACAUAUGACAUUUUUACACUUUCAGUCAAAAGUUAAUUGAACCUCUCUGUUGUUAUUUAGCUCAGCCCCAGUAUCUGUUGGACAAAAACACAUAUUCCUCCCUGGAUAUCUUGCAUGUUCAGUCCCACAAGAGGAGAGUCACAUUGAAAUGCAUCGUUCGCCAUCCAGCCUUACACAAUUCAUCCCUGAUGAAUUUCGUCAAAAUUGGACAGAAUCGUAAGUACUACGUUUAUUGUUCACACUUUUGACCUUUGAUUUGAUUAGUUGUCGAGAUGGCAUCCACGCUAUGGGAGGUUGAAUUUAUAAGGGUAUGAUCAAUGACAAUACUGUGACAUAAAGCUCAGAUGACCUCCUUGAGGGUAAGGUGGAAAUAUCCAACAAAGAAUAAAAAAACAGGUCUGCCUUUAUUUUAAAUGUAGUUCUGCUUGCAGUGGUCUAUUUGAGGAACAUUGAAAGGAAAGUGUGUACUUUUGUGGUUUCAGUGCACAGUCACACUGUGGGUACUUUUCUCACUUUAAAAUAUGCCAUUAGAAUGCUACACUAGGGUAUCUUGACCACACAAACAUCAACAUCAUCAUGUGAUUUACUCUCUCUGUAGGGAGGAAUACACUGACAUCCCAAAGUCACAUUUCUACAAAAACAUUCAGAUAGAUCAUAUUAUUCACUUCAAGUUAUUUGAACUGCACUAUAACUUCAUAUACAAACACUUCAUAAUAGUGGCCAAAAGUCUUAGCAAGAGACAAUUGUCAUUUGUGAACAUGGUUUGCAUUGUACAAUAACUGAAAUUCCCUUUUAUCUUAUAGCCACUGAGGAAUCACACUCCACUGCGAGAGCCUCUCAUUGGCCCAGUACAGAAGGUCCAACAGAGGUAACAACAACAACAACAACAGUCUCCCGUUGGCCUAGUACACAGGUGUCAACAGAAACACCAACAGCUACAGCCUUAGAUUGGCCCAAUACAGAGGGAUCACCAGCAUCAACCCCUGACUUACAACUCAGCACUCACAGUAAGUAAAAAAUAUUAAUAUUCAUUAUUAAAAACAUCGACUAUACGACUUACUGAUCAUUUUGACAUGACAAGACUUAUAAUGCAUAUACGGAAGAACAGAACAGCCAUGGUGCCCUGAGGUUGAAUCUACACAUCUUUUGCGAGUUGGUUUUCAACAUGUUUUGUGAACACUGCUUAGGUGCAAAACCACAGCACUUGGUUCUUAUACCAGAAAGUCUGUUUCCUGAAACGGAAGUCAAUAGCAAUAUUAACCAUAUACAGUGCAUUCGGAAAGUAUUCAGAUCCACUUUUUCCACAUUUUGUUACGUUACAGCCUUAUUCUAAAAUGGAUUAACCUCUUAAGGAUCAGACCUUUUUUUCAAUUUUCGCCUAAAAUUACAUACCCAAAUCUAACUGACUGUAGCUCAGGACCUGAAGCAAGGAUAUGCAUAUUCUUGAUACCAUUUGAAAGGAAACACUUUGAUGUUUGUGGAAAUGUGAAAUUACUGUAGGAGAAUAUAACACAUUAGAUCUGGUAAAAGAUAAUACAAACAAAAAAACAUGCAUUUUCUAAUUUUUGUUUUGUUCCAUUAUCUUUGAAAUGCAAGAGAAAGGCCACAAUAUUGCAGUUGAGGCACGAUUUAGAUUUUGACUAGAUGGCAGCAGUGUGUGUGCAAAGAGUUCAGAUUGAUCCAGUGAAGCGUUGCAAUACUGGACUAUUUUGUAUCAAGUCUGCCCAAAUGUGCCGAAUUGGUCAAUUGAUACAUUUUCAAGUACAUAACUAUAGAGAACCUACAAAAAUGAUAUGGUAAUACAAAAUGUAAGUUUACACACUCCCAGGAAUGUCAUACAUGCUGGAUCAUUAGCUUAUACACUCAAUUUCACACAUCUAGAUGGCCAGGUGGGGUGGGUGUGGAGACAGAGACAGCAGGGGUUCAAACUGUAGAACCCAGUUCCUGCAUUUUAAUAUAAAAAUUGAUUUUAUCAAACAAAGCUAUGCUACAUUUUAUGUCUGGGACCCUUAGGAUGACAAAUCAUUACUGAAUGUAAGUACAUUAUUUACCUUGAUACGUUUUUUGUUGUUGUGCACUCUCCUCAAACAAUGGCACUGUAAUAGCUACUGUAAAUUGGACAGUGCAUUUAGAUUAACAAGAAUUUAAGCUUUCUGCCCAUAUAAGAUAUGUCUAUGUCCUGGAAUGUUUGCUGUUACUUACAACAGUCAUGCCAAUCACAUUAGCACAUGUUAGCUCAACUGUCCUGUAUACGGGACACCGAUCCCUUAGAGGUUAAAUAGUAUUUUUCCCUCAUCAAUCUACACACAAUACCCCAUAAUGACAAAGCAAAAACAGGUUUUUAGAAAUUGUUGCUAAUUUAUUAAAAAUAAACUGAUAUCACAUUUACAUAAGUAUUCAGACCCUUUACUCAGUACUUUGUUGAAGCACCUUUGGCAGCGAUUACAGCCUCGAGUCUUCUUGGGUAUGACACUACAAGCUUGGCAAACCUGUAUUUGGGGAGUUUCUCCCAUUCUUCUCUGCACAGCUAUUUUCAGGUCUCACCAGAGAUGUUCGAUCGGGUUCAAGUCCGUGCUCUGGCUGGGCCACUUAAGGACAUUCAGAGACUUGUCCCGAAGCCACUCCUGCGUUGUCUUGGCUGUGUGCUUAGGGUCAUUGUCCUGUUGGAAGGUGAACCUUCGCCCCAGUCUGAGGUCCUGAGCGCUCUGGAGCAGGUUUUCAUCAAGGAUCUCUCUGUACUCUGCUCUGUUAAUAUUUGCCUCGUUCCUAACUAGUCUCCCAGUCCCUGCCGCUGAAAAACAUCUCCACAGCAUGAUGCUGCCACCACCAUGUUUCACCGUAGGGAUGGUGCCAGGUUUCCUCCAGACGUGAUGCUUGGCAUUCAGGCCAAAGAGUUCAAUCUUGGUUUCAUCAGACCAGAGAAUCUUGUUUCUCAUGGUGUGAGAGUCCUUUAGGAUCAUUAUGGCAAACUCCAAUCGGGCUGUCAUUUGCCUUUUACUGAGGAGUGGCUUCCGUCUGCCCACUCUACCAUAAAGUCCUGAUUGUUGGGGUGCUGCAGAGAUGGUUGUCCUUCUAGAAGGUUCUCCCAUCUCCACAGAGGAACUCUGGAGCUCUGUCAGAGUGACCAUCGGGUUCUUGGUCACCUACCUGACCAAGGCCCUUCUCCCCCGAUUGCUCAGUUUGGCCGGGCGGCCAGCUCUAGGAAGAGUAUUGGUGGUUCCAAACUUCCAUUUAAGAAUGAUGGAGGCCACUGUGUUCUUGGGGACCUUCAAUGCUGCAGAAAUUGUUUGGUACUCUUCCCCAGAUCUGUGCCGCGACACAAUCCUGUCUCAGAGCUCGACGGACAAUUCCUUCGACCUCAUGGCUUGGUUUUUGCUCUGACAUGCACUGUCAACUGUGGGACCUUAUAUAGACAGGUGUGUGCCUUUCCAAAUCAUGUCCAAUCAAUUGAAUUUACCACAGGUGGACUCCAAGUUGUAGAAACAUCUCAAGGAUGAUCAAUGAUAACAGGAUGCACCUGAGCUCAAUUUCGAGUCUCAUAGCAAAGGGUCUGAAUACUUAUGUAAAUAAGGUAUUUUUGCUUUUAAUUUAUACAUUUGCAACAAUUUCUAAAAACCUGUUUUCGCUUUUUCAUUAUGGGGUAUUGUGUGUUGAUUGAUGAGGGAAAAAAAAGUAUUUCAUCAAUUUUAGAAUAAGGCUAUAAUGUAACAAAAUGUGGAAAAGGUCAAGGGGUCUGAAUACUUUCUGAAUGCACUGUAGGUCCUCAGUAGUAAACCUUAGUCAAACUUUCAGGGAGAACUUCGGGAUGUGCUUUCAUUUGUAGUUCAUUUAAGGUACCGGUAGUUUGUUAUUUGUUAUUAUACAUAUUGAUUUGAAUUAGAACAUUUCAAUCUGUGGUACAAUCAGUGAGUGAAAAUGACAUACACUGUCAUGGGGCGGCCAGCCCACUCAGUGUUCGAAGCUACAGGGUACACACUUGCUAAUGACAGCAGCAGCAGAACUGCCGGUAAGAACAGGACUAACCAUAGCUAGCAUUGUAUGGGAAGACGUUUAAGUGUCCUUGCCAUCUAGGUUUAUAAAUUAUUCAGUAGGCUGCUUCUCCACCUAGUGGUGUCGCUCCAUCACUACAGAUGGGCAUCAUACCAGCAUCCAAAAGUAUUUUAUUAGUUUCAAUUUAAUUGAAUCACUAUCAUUUUAUCCACAAAUACACUCCAUAUCCUCCUGAAUAAUGUGACUGUACUGUCUAGAAUAGCUGUCAUUCAUUCCCCUGUAAUUCCAUGUAGGUUGGUCGUCAGUGUCCCAGACAACAGAGAACACACCUCAUAAUGGCACAGGAAGCAACUCCACCAAUGCUAGAGGUAAGACAGUCUUACUAUUUUUGUAAGUGCAUACAGGUCCGGUUAAGUGAGUCAUGUUUAGGUGCUGUGUAAGCUAGACAUGGAUGUAAGGCUACAGUAGAAGAGGCUAAAGUUGCACUGAUGGUCUCAUUCACAGGAAGCUUAUUCAAUGACACGGAGAAGCAGAGAGGAACUGGAGGAAGUGCGCCAUUGCUCAUCUUCCUUGUGACAUGCCUCAUCCUCGGUCUGCUUGUGGUCGUUUCGCUCUUCGUGAUCAAGCUGAGGAGGGCUCACAUUCUCUGGAAGAAAGGUAAAUAGAGACCAGGACACCUUUCAGCUCUUACUGUUUAGGAUCUUCUCAUGACUUGGCAUGUUUGGUCAUCUUUGGUUUAUGGCAGAUGUGCACAACUCCAGUCCUCAACUGGAAUUUUGCUCCUGUUGGUUUUCCUUUCUCCCUGGCACUUCGAUCAAUUGAUAUUAACCAAACACAUAUACCUGCUGCCCUCAAGGACUUGAGUUGUGUGCCCCUGAUUUAUGGCUUAUAUGUAUGCAGGUAUAUAAGUAAUUAUUCAGAAAUUAUCAUAGUUUUGAUCAUUACAGAAAAUGAAGACUCGGAUCAAUCUGUGGAGAGCAACAGAUCAAAAUCAAGCAAUGAAGACAAACAAUCUAGAGGAAGAAGGGGCAACGGUAAUAAUUUACAUUCUACAGACUGCAGCCAAUGAAACAACACAAUGACAAAAAAAGCCCAAUUAUAAGGCCUAUGUCUAAUACAUGCUCAAAUGGUAGGACAUUUUAUAUGUUCCACGUGGUAAAAAUGCCUGUUUUUCUAGGACUCUUUAACAUCAGAUUCACAAAGUAUGUCGUUGAGGAACCCACGGCAACAGAGACGACGACAACAACAACAAACACCAAAACAGAAGAGGAUCCUGAAAUUCAAGUCAUCCCACAGAUAAAUGGAGCAACCCAAAGCCCUCCGAUCAAGGAGACGGAACUGUAACAUUUUCCAGUGUGUGUGUAUUUUCAUAUAGAGAAUUUACAUUGAAUUCUAAGUAAUCACCAAAACAAAGAUAGUUUAAGAUAUAGUGUGUAGAUACAAUACAAUUGUACAAUAUUUCCAGAGAAUAAUCCAUAUCCUUAUGUUGUAUAUUCUGUAUAAAUGUAUAUUCUGUAUAUUGAUAAAACAAUGAAAUCAUACAUAAUAGCAGCUUAUGAGCCUGUGUACACACAGAAUUAUC